AUGGGGCUGAAGGCAGUGCAGCGCUACACAGCAGCAGCCUCGCAGGCCCUCGACUCGCUGCUGCUCUUCCUGCACCGCCACUCCGCCUGCCUGCCCGCCACGCCGCCACUGCCCUCUGCCUCCUCCCCCACUGCGGGCGUGCCUGGUGAGGGCAGCGGGGCGUGGCGGCAGGAGGCGGUGGUGGGGGUGAUCCGCGACGCGGCGACAGCGGUGGCGGCAGGGGAGGCGGCGGAGGCGGAGGUGGAGAGGUGGCGGCGGGAGGCGGAGCGCGGCCGGGCAGAGGGCAACCCGCAUGAAGGGGAGCGGCGGCGGUUGGUGGAGAUGCUGGGGGAGGCAAGGGGGGAGGUGGAGGCGGUGGAGGGGGAGGUGGAUGUGGGGGAGGCGCAGCUGGGCGUCAUGAAGCAAGUGGACGCCGCCUUUGGACUCGCUGGCGUGCAGAGCUUUGUGUUGGAGGGUGCACUGUGGGAGCUGGACGCCCAUGUGGCUCGCUACCUUGCCGCACUCUCAGCGGGCGCACUGCACCUGCACCUCUCGCCUACCCGCGCUGCCGCCACUGCCACCAAGGCCGCCCGGGGGAAGAAGACAAAGAAGGCCAGUGGGGCAGGGAAGGGCGGGGUGGCGGAUAGCAGCACGGACUCUGACGCAUCAAGCGACAGUGGGGGAAGCGAAGGGGGAGAGGGGGAUGGGGAGGGAACGGCGGCGGAUGGGGACAACAGCGGGGCGGGGCAGGUGUUGGAGAGGAUAGACAAGAGUGUGCGCGUGCGCCUGGCCUCGGGGGAGCUCGUCCCGCGUGCGCUGCGCCAGCUUAGCGGGGGGGAGCGACGUCGUGUGGCGCUGGCCCUGGCGCUGGCGUUUGCGGAGCUAGCGGCGGAGCGCAGCGGGGUGCGGUUCGACCUGCUGGUGCUGGACGAGGUCUUCCAGGCACGCCGCUCCUCCCUUCCGCCACCACUCCCCCUCUUCCUCCCCUCGCCCUCCCUCUGCUCCUUUUCCUGCUCCCCACUUUACUCCUGUUCUACUCUCUUUCGUCCAUGGAUGACGCAACAUUUCCCCGCACACGGGGUACACUCCUACAUGUUUCAUCAACGUUCUUCACUCUCCUGGUCUUUCAUCCUCCCCGGCCAACAGCAUCUGGAUGACGAGGGCGUGGCGGCCGUGGCAGCGGUGCUGAGGGGGCUACCGCAGCGCACGGUGGUGGUGGUGUCGCAGGCCAACAGCCGGGAGGCACUGGCAGAGUUUGGGGUGGUGGACUGGGUGGUGAAGCGCAACGAUGUGGCCACUGUGGAGCUCGCUCACAUGUAG